AUGUUUCUUCCCCACCAACUACUCGUCCCUGGAGCUCCAUCAACAUUAGCCAUCAACGCCACACCAUCAAUCCAACUGCCAUCCUCAAACCACCCUCCGCCCUGCCCACCUACCAAGCUCCAAAUGACAUGUGCAAGUCAAGGUUGCUUCUCCUCAAGAAGCUGUAAAACAAGCAUCAACCAGCCCACACCCGCUUGGUCCAUCACCAUUUACCACCCAACGCGAUUUCAACCCGCCAUCACACCGCCCUCCGCCCUGCCCACCUACCAAGCUCCAAAUGACAUGUGCAAGUCAAGGCUCCAAAUGACAUGUGCAAGUCAAGGGUGCUUUUGCUCAAGAAGCUAUGAAACCAGCAUCAAUCAGUCCACACCCGCUGGAUCUCCAUCACCAUUCGCCAUCAACGUGACGUUCAACCCGCCAUCAACCCGCCAUCAAACCGCUCAGCCUCUCUCUCCAUUCCAGAGGCAAUCAAGUGAACGUCAAGAACUUUGCCUCUACUCAAGAAGCUGUGAAACAAGCAUCCACCAGUCCAAACCCGUUGGAGCUCCAUCACCAUUUACCACCAACGCGAUUUCAACCGCCAUCACACCGCUCUCCGCCUUGCCCACCUACCAAGCUCCAAAUGACAUGUGCAAGUCAAGGCCUCUAUCAACCCGCCAUCAAACCGCCCUCCGCCCUGCCCACCUCUUCAGCUCCAGAGGAUAUGAAGCGCAAGUCAAUAACGUGGCUUCUGCUCAAAGAGCUGCGAAUCAAGCAUCAACCUAUUGUUACCCGCUGGAUCUCCAUCACCAUUCUCCAUCAACCCGCCAUCAACCCGCCAUCAACCCGCCAUCAAACCGCCCAGCCUCUCUCUCCAGCUCCAGAGGUAAUCAAGUUAAGUCAAGUACGUUGCCUCUGCUCAAGAAUCCGCGAAUAAAGCAUCAACCAGUCCACACCCGCUGGUGCUCGCAUCACCGUUCAGCACUUCAAUCUUCUCUCGUGUGGCGUGUGACGGGCGUGCGCGCGACUGCUUCGGCGCGACUGAUCGGGAAGUGUCGUUCCCUUCCUUCCCUCCUCUCCCUUCACCGCGUGUUCUUUCGUUGUUCCGUUUCGCAUCUCGCCAAUCCGCCUUGUGUGUUUUUCGACGUUUCACCGAAUCUUUACUUGCGGGGCUUUUAUCGAGCAUUCUUUGAGGACUUCAACACUUCUCCCGUGUCGCGUACUACGGGCGAUUUGACUAAGGACGCGCAUGACUGCUUCGUCGCCAACUCCAAGAGAUCGGGAAGAGCAACGGAAUCUUCGUCGCGGAGCUUCAGACGCGGAGGCUUCAAGGCAGUGAAGCUUCACACGCGAAGGCAAUUAUGCCGCGAAGUUCCAGACGCGGCAACACAGCAUACGACUGGGCAGAUCCUCAACUUUGUACUUCAAAACUCCAAAAUCAAACCAUUUGGCGUGGCGGACAAGUCUCUUCACGGCGAAUAA